UACUCUUCUGACCCCCCCCCACCACCACCUCCUCCCCUCUCUGCGGCCUCUCUACGGACAGAAAGCUUUCAUAAUAACGUCCGGGCAAAUUUGUAGAUCAGCCACCAAGAGUAAUUCAAGGGCUCAGAACCACAGAGCAGUAUGACUCUUCACUGAAGAUUAGUAGCAGGACGCAACGGUAAGGCGAGCGGAACCAUUUAUCCGGCAGGUUAAGUUUCCUCCGGGGCGCCGUUUGGUGCAGCACAGCGGAGUAUGACAGUUUGUAAACACCUUCAGGGAUGCUGAAUGCGCUGUUCCGGCAUUGGCCAGAGGUGAUGUAAUACCCUCUAAAUAAUGCAUGGCCUUAAGAAAGUGAAAGACCAUGAGCCAGAAAGCGCAGGCAGAGGAAAUCGAUGUCACUGUGAGAGAGAGGGAAACCUGCAAGUGUCUGGGCAGAACACAGCAUCACAUGGAAAGAAAUAGCCACAGACAGUGGAGAACCUCACCCCAGAACAAAGGGAUGAUCUGACCACAUCCAAACACAGGAUGUUGAAGCCUUGGGUGGACCAUUGCUCCAUGCACCACAUUUCAGUCCCUUUUAUUGAGAUAUUGCUGCCUCCUGACUUGAACGCAUGCAACACCUAGGCUACACAGCGAGCACCAUGACGGGAUUCCAUUCUUAGCCAAACACCACUUUACUUAAAACGACAAAGACAAAGCAAAUGUUGGCACAUCAAGCCAUGCCUUUUUAACAGUCGCUGGAAGGGAUUCUAGCCUUCGAGGAAAGCCACAUUUGCCAGGCUUCGUCUUGGGCCUAGACGGCAGAUGGUUCACCCCUUUGGCCUUGAGGCCUGUGGAUCCUCUCCAUCCCAAGCUCCCAAGUACGAAGAAUCUCUCUGCCUUCUCUCUACGUCUUCUCUGGUGCAUAGACUGCGGAGGUGAUGGAGGGAUCAGAGGUGGAGGACAUCAGUCCAGCCCUUGAGGCCACAGAGGACUAUCUGCACUGCUUGGACAGUGGUCCAGAAGCUGGACAAGUUUGUCCUCCUAAACUAAAGGAGGUGUCCACUCUGGACAAGUUGAACUCCAGUGGGGUAUGGGGGUUGCUGACUGGGGAGCAGCCGGAGAUAGCGUCUCACAACCUAGCCUGGGCUAAACAAACAUCCUUCAGUGUUCUGGGCCUAAAGAAUGGGAAAAGGAACCGGGCCCGCUCUACCAAUGACUUGGCAGUCCAUGCCAAAGAGACCAACUCCACCAGUUCAUCCAGUGGAGGCUUCAAAAAAGGGCACAACAGAUCACGGUCAGAUGUCAACUAUCGGACAUACACCGAUAACGGUGUGCCAGCCAUUGACAAGAACACCCUCAAGAACAUGGCAUUAAAUGACCAAAUGGAAGGCAAUAAGGAGAGCACCACUAGUCUGGUAAAACAGGGGAUUUUGGAGCACAGGGAGGGUCCCUGGGGCCGCUGGAACACUUGCCAUGUGGAACUCACCCCCUGUGAGCUGCGGGUUUACAGCCUGGACAGCAGCGGGAACAGGCAGCUGUGUACAGCCCUGUCACUGUCCCACUGCCAGAGCGUGGGUGCGCCUCAGCCUCAGGACGGGCGCGUGCUACAGGCCCUUUUCUUUAACAGCACUCGGUUGCAGCUCCGUGCUCCCUGCCAGUGGGAGGCUCUGGAGUGGCGCCGGCUUCUUUGGGAAUGUGUCCUAGUUGCCCGUCCAGGCGAACCGUCUUCUGCUGCUUCUCCAAACCCUCAUGACCUGGAUCCCAGUGCCGUCUCUUUGCCGACCUCCCGUCCACUAGUCCGUCCCAAAGCCCUGCCCCUGUUCACUCAGCACUGUGCUGAUGUGCUCAAAGUAGGCCUCCUGUACCAACUCAGCGACCUCAACAACUGGAGCGCUUUCACCUUUGUGCUCAGCCGCACCCAACUGCAGGCAUUCCAAACUGAGGGCAGAGGGCCAGUGUGCGAGCCCGUGCUGCGGUACUCUCUAGCCUCUUGCUUGGCCGUGCAGCGGGAUGAGGCUGAUGGAGGAGUCUGCGCCCGCUUCCAGGCCAUCUUUCCUGAUGAGGUGCUGCGUCUACGGGCCGAGAGUGAGCCUCAGGCCCAGGACUGGGUGGAGGCCCUGCGCACAGCCGUGGCUGCCCAGAGACCCCAAGGGGAGACCGGCCGUGUAGCGCCAUCUGGAGUGCUAAUGAGGAGCAGACCAGCCCGCGAACGUCGACAAAGGGAAGCCCAGAGAGCCAAACGCCAGUCUGUUACAACAAGCUUCCUGAGCAUUCUCACUUGUCUGGCUGUAGAGAAAGGUCUUACUGCUCAAAGCUUCAGAUGUGCAGGAUGUCAAAGACCGGUGGGUUUGUCACGAGGCAAGGCCAAGGUUUGCUGCUACAGUGGAUGGUAUUAUUGCCAGAGCUGCCAUCAAGACAACCUCUUCCUUAUUCCUGCUCGACUGCUGCAUAACUGGGACACAGGCAAACAUAAGGUGUCCAAGCAGGCUAAGGAGUUCCUGGAGUUUAUAUAUGAGGAGCCCUUGCUGGAUGUGCAGCAGUUGAACCCCAGUCUGUACGAACACUCGGAGCCUCUAGCCGCCGUGCUCAGGCUGCGGCAGCAGCUCAAGUCUCUCAGGGCUUACUUAUUCAGCUGCCGAGCCACAGUAGCCGAAGACCUACGGCGCAGGAUUUUUCCAAGGGAAUACCUGUUACAACACAUUCACCUGUACUCUCUGGCCGACCUCCAGCAGGUAAUAGAUGGAAAACUGGCUCCCUUCCUUUCCAAAGUGAUCAAGUUUGCCAGUUCCCAUGUGUACAGCUGCAGUCUUUGCCGAGAGAAGGGCUUCAUCUGUGAGCUCUGCCACAACGGCCAGAUUCUCUACCCGUUCCAGGAGAACGCCACCAAGAGGUGUGAGGGAUGCGGAGCGGUGUUCCACACCGAGUGCCGGAUGCGUGCUCAGCCUUGUCCACGCUGCGUUCGUCGAGAGCUUCACAAGAAGCCAUCUUCAUUCUGGAAGAAGCACAACCACAGCGAGAGCCCCGACGACGACUGCUGCUUCGAGCUGGACACCUGAGACAAAGUUUAGAGAGCGAGGGAAUCUCCCUCCCUCCUGGGCCGCUCCAGCAGGCCUGUUUUACUGACCAACAGCCAACUGCGGCUGAGUCUCUGCAUGUGUGCUUCCACGAGUUCCUACACUCUGUGGGCCCUGUAGAAGAGCUCUGUGUUUGUCGACAAGGAAAAGAAGGGUCUUAUUGUUUUUCAGUCUUCUCUCUCUCUCUCUCUCUCUCUCUCUCUAGCUUUUUUUUUCCUUCUCUCCUCCUCUCACCUGAGAGAUAGGGGGCACGCAGACAAUACUUCAGUCCCUGAAGAGGAGAGGUUUCAUAAUGAUACCAAUUUGCCCUCUCCUUUCAUCUACCAAAUGACAGCCGGGCCAACCGGCAAAUGCGGAACCGAGUGGAGUACUCUCUCAUACUAGCGUGUAAACACACUCUAGCAGUCUGACACAAAAUAAUGCAGUCUCUGGAAAUCCAAGGCCAAAUCAUUUUCUCUGCACAACAGAGCAUCUAAUCCAUUAAUGGCCACGCUACAAUCGGAUGAUGAAAAUCCCAUCUAGGAGGAUGAAAAAGUCUUAGAAGUUAUUAUUCAACCUAUAGACUCCAACAUCGGCAUUACACCUGACUGUCUUCCUCUCUGCACAUUCCUGCACAACCUCUGUUAUCAGUACAGGAAAAAGAAAUGAAAAACGUUUCUUACACUGUUAAGUUGGCUAUAGUGGAGAAAGCUUGGUGCCAUAAUUACCACUGGACAGAGGACUAAGCCUUGGGGGAUGCCCCUGCUCUUUUUUUUCUUUUUCUUUUAAAGAGGAAUUUAAGAAACAAUCUCACGCACCCAAAACAUGCACAACGGUUUGGACUCCUAUGAAGUGACUCUUGGCUUAUUCGAGUCGAAGGCGACGCUCGCUCAGAGAGGUUGGCGUCUCAUCCUGUACAGCUGGAGCUGAAGUUUAGCGCUGCUCAGUGCCACUGCCUAUAUGCAGCUGAGCCACGGUCCCUUUGCCAACCGCUGGCUUUUUGAUUACAAACUACCCUCAGCCACAAGCUCCCAAAUUACAGUCCAGUGCACUGGGGCUUUGUUUAGCAUUGGUAGACCCAGUUCAACAAGGAUGGCGGAGUAAACCCGCCCGCUGACGGGCUCGUUACUCACGUUGUCCACCCCUACCACAGGACUGGAUGGAUAUCAGUCGCUCGUCUCUCUGGGUGUGCGUUCACACUCCAUUUUCCGGCUACUUGAACUAAGCACUGGCAAUAAUAUCUCGCUCAUUUUGCUUUUAUUUGCUGCCUUAUUUGACCCCUUGGUUCUCAUCAUCUUUUCCAAAGGGAAGAUGCUUUGACAAUGCACAACGACAUAUGCUUUUGCCUGGAUUUUUGUUUUCCCCCUAUGCAAAUUAGAUUAGGCUAAGUGACCUUGUGCUUUAAAAAAUCCCACAAACUUCACAUUCCCACCAUUUUUCUUUACUUCCAGCAUGGAGGCGAGGUCAGGAUGGGUCAGCUCCUCUCCAGACACCGGACCAGCAACGUAGAAGCUCUCGGUGUAAUUCUUGGGUUUUUUGUUUGUUUUUUUUCCCUGAUUCUGAAGGGUUAAGAUUAUUUAUUGUUCUGGCUUGUGUGUAGUGAUGAUGGAUAGAUAACGUCUAGAGGACUUAGACAUGGAGUUCGUUUUCCCCACUGUUACAGAAGAGCAGCUAGGUCAACCUAGAAGUAUACUUUUUUUUUGUAUUAAAUUAUUUUUAUUUGUUUACUAGUAUGUAAUAAUGUUUACAUCAUGUAUUUCACAGAAAGCAGCUUCUUCCUCAUUGUUGUGAUUUUUUCCCCCCUUUGGGUCAUUUGCACCAAGAAUACAUGUGUUUACUUUGAAUAGAAUGGGGUGGUUACUAGCCGGACACUGAAAGACGGAAGAGUUUUUCUGCCACUUUUUAAUAAUCGUUCUAAAUUUGACUCUAUUAAUUAAACCGCUUUCUCAUACACACUUUGCCUGCCUUAAACUACAAGCCCAGUAUAUCUGCCUGUGGAUAAGGGUGUGGUAUUGUACAUUAGUACUACUGUUGGAGAUGAAUGGUCUUAAUCUGUAGUUACUGGACUGAAACUUCCUUAAUGGUCCAGUGCUUUUGAUUAAUAGACCCACCUCUGUUGCAGAAAUCGGUGACUUCUUCAGCAGGUUUGCACAAAACACUGGCAGUUUGAAUACCUGCAGUACCACGAAGCCUGUCCUGGCGCUUUUACACCAUCCCAGUUCAUGUGUUUCGAUUGAGAGAUUGCUUCUUUGUGAAUAUUCUGAUGCACUAGUUCAUCAAAAUCGAGCUUUCAUGAUCAUCAACAAUGGCGACAAAUUGCAGGAAAAAGCAACUCGGUGAGCUGUUAAGCCACCAGUACUGGGACUGGUACUGGAACUGUACUGGGGUGCGAUUUAGUGAUUGGUGUUUUGAUGAUGAUCUAACAUGUCACUCCAAAGUCUCGCACAGGUGUUUAUUUGGGUUGAGAUCUGGUAGGAUUUAGGGUUUGUGAUUUCCACAACAAACCAAAUUCUUCUGACCUGUAAAUGUGGGUGGAGUCACCCUGCAAGAGACCACGCCCAUCAGGACAGAAAUGAUUUGUCGGUCUGUUAGCUCCAGUUUUUUUUUCCUUUUUGUUUCAUUUCCAACCAUAGAUGCUUGCUUGUAGCCUGACUUGAAGAUGUUCCACAAGUAGUUUCAGGUGUAUCUGUACAUGGUACGAACCUGUAAGUAUUAUAGAUUAGUCUGGAAUUGAACUUAUUAGCACUGUUGUAAAGUUAUCUUCAGGGAUUUUAAACGCACUGAAUAUGGUGAUACGGAAAGAAGAAGAAGGGAUCUGAGAAGUGGAUGUACUUUCAUGCCUUUUUUGUACCACAGAACCUUUUUGUAGAGGUGAGUGCAGGUGAAACACGAUCUCCUGGCGAUUUUCUCCACCCCGCUCUGCUCUGUUGUACAGAAGUUCAGCGAUCCGUAUCAGCAGUUGAUUGAAGCAGUAUUUAUUAUAUUUAUGUUUUAUUUAUGUUCCUCUGUGUCUGGGCCUGAUUCUGCUUCUUCUUCCCAUUCUGUCAUCUGAAAACUUGACACCACAAACAUUAUGCAAAUUUACAAAAAAAAAAUGUUCCUGUUGGUUGCUUCUUUUUUUUCGUCAAUAAAGUAAGUUACCUGACAA